UUUUCUUUUAUUAGCGUUUCAAUUUCUUGAUAUUGAAUCUUCAAUUUUUUUUUUGUUGGCUUAAUGAAAGCCUAAUUUUGAUACUGUAAUUCGAAGAUUAGAUUGUUUUGGAAUAGAGUUUCAGGAUUUUUUUUUCUUGUGGAUUUUUUUAUGCGGUAAUGGAGAUGGAGAGCUCGCGACGGCCUUUCGACAGAUCCAGAGAACCGGGAUUGAAGAAGCCCCGAUUGACCGAAGAGCCGGAGCGAGGUCCGACCGCGAAUCCGAACGCCAGAACUUUCGCGCAAAGACCGAUUGCGAAUCAGAAUCCCUUGGUCUCGAGGUAUAGAGUGGCGGAUAGAGAUUCGGAGAGCAACGAUUUGGGCCGUGUCGGCGGCGGAGGCGGUGGAGGUUAUCAGCCGCAGCCGCCGCCGCACCAGGAGCUCGUGAGCCAGUACAAGGCGGCGCUGGCGGAGCUGACGUUCAAUUCGAAGCCGAUCAUCACGAGUUUGACGAUAAUCGCCGGCGAGAGCGUCCACGCAGCGAAGGCGAUAGCCGCCACUGUUUGCGCCAACAUUCUAGAGGUACCUAGUGAGCAAAAGCUACCAUCACUUUAUCUUUUAGACAGUAUCGUAAAGAAUAUCGGAGGGGAGUACAUAAAAAACUUUGCUGCCAGAUUACCUGAGGUAUUCUGCAAGGCGUACAAGCAGGUGGAGCCUUCAGUACAUCAAAGCAUGCGGCAUCUUUUUGGAACAUGGAAGGGAGUGUUUCCUCUCCAGACACUUAGGGUCAUUGAGAAAGAACUUGAUUUUGCUCCUGCAGCAAAUGGAUCAUCUACUGGAGCUGCAACAUCUAGGCCUGAAACACAAUCAAAUCGUCCACUACAGAAUAGCAUUCAUGUGAAUCCCAAGUAUUUGGAAAGGCAGCGUCUUCAGCAGCCAAAUAGGGCAAAAGAACUUUCUAGCGAUGUCUCUGGGUCUAUUGCAAACUCAAUUGAGGAUGCAGAGAGUAUGGAGAGAGCAACAAGUAUCGGUACUGGAAGAUCAUGGGUUGAUCCGUCUGUUAAAAUGCAUAAUUUGCAGCGUUCAACUAGAGGUACUACAAGUGAGGUUAUCCACGAGAAGAACAUCAGUGUAGAGUCUCCGGACUAUGACUAUAGCUCUGACCUUCCAAGGAAUUCCAGCCUGGGGAUUGUAAGAGCUAGUGGGAGGAUUGCAGAACAAGGAAAUGAGAAAGUUUGGCAUGGAGGUGGUAGCAGUUUUGCAGAAUCAGUAUCUGGUCAAAGAAAUAGUUUCAAUAUCAAGCAUGGAUUCCCAAAUUAUCCAGGACCUAAAUCUAUAAGUGCUAAUACUCAGCUGCAGUCGGCACAAAAUAUCUCAAGUAGAAGGAGUGGUGCUGCUGCUAGCAGCAGUUGGAAGAAUUCUGAGGAAGAAGAAUUCACGUGGGAUGAUAUGAACUCUAGAUUGACAGACCAUGGUGCAUCUGAUAUUUCUACUAACUUUAGAGUAGAUCGUUCAGCUUAUGAGGAUGCAGACAAAUCCGGGUUUGAAGAUCACAUCCAUAAACCACUAAGCAUACGUGAUUAUGCAUCAAGGGUCAAUAAAGAAGUUUCUGCAGAUACAUUUGCUGUUGAACAAAACCGGAUAUCAUCUCCAUGGUUGUCACAGGAAUCACAUUCAAUUGAUGGCUUGUCUCGUUCUGGGACUUCAAGCUUUGGCUUCCCGACAAAUUCUGUACCAGGGUCUACUGGAGCUCUAACUCAACAGCGGUUCCCCCCUCCGACAUUGAGACAGCGCUCACCCUCACCUACUUUAUCAGCACGCCGUCCUCAUCUUCAAUUGCAAAAUUUAACCGAGCAAGACCGUGCAAAAGCCCAGUCCCCUGCUCAUCCUGAUUCUAAAGUAUCCCAAUCGUUGGGGCAGUCGACCAGGGAGGUGCAUAACCAGUAUGCUCAGGACUCUUUGCCUGUUCUACCUUCCCAUGUUCGACUGAACAAGAUGGUUAAAUCACAACACCAUAAUAUGCCGCCAAGGCACCAGUAUCCUUUUCUGCAGCAAGUAGAAGACUCUACAGACUCUGAACCCUUGGGUCAAAUUCAGAAACUCCCUCUACCUCAAGCUUCAAAUUCUGGACCUCCAGCGACACUAGGUAGUUCUGCACCAGACCGCUUGAAUGCUCUUGCCGUAGAAACUUCGGGAGACUCGAGCACAAGUAGUCUAUUGGCUGCUGUUAUGAAGUCUGGAAUUCUUUCUAACAGUUCAAUUACCACUAGUAGCCUAUCCAACCUGAACUUUCAGAGCUCUGCACAAUUGCCAUCACAGGCAGGUCAGCCUCCCUUGCCAACUGGUACUCAUACAAACCUAGGGUCAAAGGCUACAUCAACAUCUUCAAUAAGUCAUUCUUCCCAUGAUGGCUUGUCAGUGUCCUCAAAGAUAUUCCAAAAGAAAACACAGUCGGCACCUCUCCCAACUGGUCCACCACCUUCAUCGUCUCCUUUAAGGAGUGCAUCGGAAAAUGCUUCAAGCGUUGCGAAUAACACCCCUGAUCCAAUUUCAAACCUUCUGAGCUCUUUAGUGGCGAAGGGUUUGAUAUCUGCAUCGAAGAAAGAGUCACCCCAGGCAAUUCCACCAGUGGUUCCUACUGAAACUCAAAAGAAGAGCCCAAGCAUUACUGGCACCGGUUCUGUGCCAGUGUCUUUAGUUUCAGGUUCCACCGUCUCAUCUACCAGAGAUGAUUCAUCUAUCUCAGAACCUACUGCUGAUAGCCCCGUCUCGUUGCCUGAGUCAACCAAGUCAACCAACUUGGAAAUAAAGAACCUCAUAGGUUUUGAUUUUAAACCAGAUGAGUCAACCAAGUCAACCAACUUGGAAAUAAAGAACCUCAUAGGCUUUGACUUUAAACCAGAUGUGGUCCGGGAAUUUCAUCCAUCUGUUGUUAGUGAUCUCCUCGAUGGAUUUGAACACCAAUGUAACAUGUGUGGUCUUCAACUUAAACUUAAAGAACGGUUGACUAGACACUUGGAGUGGCAUAAUACAAAAAAGCUAGAUGCUAAUGGUCCUACCAAGGCAUCAAGGAUGUGGUAUGCUAACCCAUCAGACUGGAUUAAUGGAGUAGCAGGCUUUUCAUCGGGAUUGGAGUCUGCAAAAUCAGUGGACAAACCUGGCAAGACGGACAAGGGUGAGUCGAUGGUUGUUGCAGAUGAGAGUCAAUGCGUAUGUGUCCUUUGUGGUGAGAUUUUUGAAGAUUUCUAUUGUCAAGAAAGGGAUGAGUGGAUGUUCAAGGGAGCGAUGCACAUGAUCAUUCCAUCAGCAACUGGUGAGACAGGAAGUAACGGCGAGGGCUCACGAAAGGGUCCCAUUGUACACGCGAAUUGUAUAUCGGAAUGUUCACUCCAAGAUCUGGGGCUUGUCAGCAGGAUUAAGACGGAAAUGGAUGUUUAACGCUUCAAGGCAGAGGACACAACCUUCCGAGCUUCUAAUGCUGGGCCAAUUGGCAGGAUCUGAUAAAUGAAAAUCCAGGUUUACUUGUGUAAUUUAAAUAGACAUGUUCACUAGAUGCUAAUUUUGUUGUGCCUCAGAAUGAUGGUGAGAGCUCUUAGCUAGCUGUUCUUGCUCUAGAUCCUUUUUUUUUUUUUUUUAAAUAUUUUUGGUUACCCCCGUCACUUUUUUGUUUAAAUUCAAAGUUUGAGGAGGAAAAAUUACACACAGAAGCCAGAUGGUUCGUAUUUUAAAGAUCUCUCUAACAUGGUUGUUGUGUUCUUGUUCCUUAUCCUUUUCUUUGUUUCUUUUUUCACUUUCUGAAGCGACCACGCUUGAUACCAGCAUCUGAUGCAAGCAAAACAAGAGAAAAGGACUUUCUGAACAUGUCGUUUUGGUUUCGGCUACAUAGUUCGCAAUUGGCAAUUAGCAUGCGUCUGUAUUACUGCAACACCGACAGCAUUUGCUUCUUUAUAGAAUUUUUUUUUUUUAAUUACCAUUCGCUUGGUUUAGUUACCCGUUUUUAGUGGAGCAUAUGGUUGCUUGCAAUGUUUUUGGGAUGCUGAGAAAUAUGUGACUGGACAAUAUUGAAAUAUGGCUUCUUUGUUCUGCAGCUUUUGAGAACAUUCAUAAAUGAGACUUGCUUAUUAUUCA